UGAACUUUUUCCCCCAACACUUCCCUUCUUAAACCCUAACCCCCUCUCUCCCCCACUCCCUCCCUCCCUCCUAGCCUGAAAACCCUAAACCAAGGCCCCAAUUUAUCCACCUCCAUUAAUGGCGACCGUCUCCUUGGACGAAUCCAAGGCCAAGAACGUUCUCCGCCAGGUGGAGUUCUAUUUCAGCGAUAGCAAUCUCCCGCGCGACAAUUUCUUGAAGAAAACCGUGGAGGAGAGCGAGGAUGAGUUGGUGAGCUUGGCGGUGAUAUGUUCCUUCUCUCGGAUGAAGACCCAUCUCGGCUUGAACGCCGCCACGAAGCCUGAUGAGGUCCCGGAGGAGAUGGUGCUCGCGGUGGCCGAGGUCUUGAGGAAAUCAUCUUCUCUCCGGGUUUCCGAGGAUGGUAAGAGGGUUGGUAGAAGUUCCGAAUUAAAACUUGACGAGGUCAUAGAGCAAGUAGAUUCAAGGACCAUCGCAGCAGCCCCAUUGCCUUAUGAUGUUAAGCUGGAAGAUGUGGAGUCUUUCUUUGCGAAGCUUGCGAAGGUUAAUAGUGUAAGGCUACCACGCCAUGUUUCUGACAAAAGGCACUUCUGUGGCAGUGCUCUGAUUGAGUUUUCAGAAGAAGAGGAUGCAAAAAAGGUUUUGAUGGAGAAAUUAUCUUUUGCAGGAGCAGAGCUUGAAAUAAAACCAAAGAAGGAUUUUGAUGCUGAAAGAGAGAAAAAGAGAGCAGAAUUUGAAAAAACUCGCUCCAAUAAAAAUUCUCCACAUGGAAGUGAUAGCUAUCCAAAAGGCCUGAUUAUUAACUUCAAGGUAAAGAGCAAGUCGGUUGAUGAUAUGAAAGGACAAAGUGCUGAAGAGAAGGUGAAUGAUAAUGAGGAAGGCCCCAAAGAUAAAGCAGGCGAAGAGAAGAUUCCUGAAGGUGUUGACAAUAACGAGAAAUCAUCACCUGAUGUUGAGGGUGACAAUGAAGGCAAGGCUACUGAGGAAGCUGCACAAGAUCGCGAAAACAAUGUUGCAAAGGGAUCAACUGAAGAGAGUGGCGAUGGGAAGGACGUUGUUACAAGAGAAGAUCUAAAAGCAAUCUUCGAGAAAUUUGGAACUGUUAAGUACGUUGACUUCAAAAUAGGUGAAGACUCGGGAUACAUCCGGUUUGAUGAUCCUAAAGCAGCUGUAGAUGCUCGUGCAUUCGCAGUGCUUGAAAAUGAAGGUGGCUUACUUGUGAAGAAUCAUAUUGUUACCUUAGAAGCCCUUACUGGUGACGAGGAAAGAGAAUAUUGGAACUUGCUACGAGGCAACCAAGAGAAGAGGUAUAAGGAAAACAGAAGCUACAGAGGGAGGGGUGGAAAGAACGCAAGAGGUGGGAGACAUUUUGAUGGUAAGCGUGGCCGGCAAGCAGAUUCAGCAGAGAAGCGCCCUAACAAAGCUCAGAAGGUCGAUGUUAAUGCGUGAGGUUUUCCAUCCACCACGCUUAUCGGAUAAUGAAACUAUUUUGGCAUGAAAUCAAUAUCGGUAAACUGUAACUUAAAAUAGAGCAGUUACGGUCCUGUUGGUUUUCUUGGGGGGAGGCAGAGCAUCUAUUUAUGGAAAGGAUUUGUCGUCCUCUUUAGUAAGAUCUAUAUAUUUUGAAUGUGUUUCGGUCUUCAUAUAUUUAUAUUACCCUUUCUCGUUCUCCAAGGUGUUGAAUUUGUUGAUGAAAUUUUGUUUGCGUAAAGGUUCUAUGAAGACUUUAAUGAGGAUUAUGCAGUGUUUUUCUGCUUCUCACAA